UCAAUCGUGUUAAUGAAUUGGCGCCAAAACACUGGUUACCGCGAUGGAAGUUUCCAGCGGUGGAAAGCAUGCGUGUUCGACGCCUUGGACAAGAGAAGAUCAAGAUUCGGUCGAUUCGAUCUCGAUGAAAAAUCUCUUGAAAUCUGCAGAUCUCAGGGCAUCAGCAGCUUUUUCACCAUGGUACGUCUUGGGCGUUGUUUUACGCUCUUUAGGACGGUCGCAGAAAAAGCAAGGAACCGAGCGUUACUGCGUGAAUCUCGAGAAUUGCCGGACAAAGGGCUUUAUCAUGGAGAGAAAUAUGUGUUUGGACACAGAACUACAUGGUCUGGAAAAAAAACCCCACGUGUGUGGAAGCCACAUGUUUUCAAAAGAAAAUUUUACAGUGAGGUGUUAGAACAAGAACUGCACAUAACUGUGAGUAUCAAAGCUCUGAGAUGCAUUGACGAAGCUGGUGGGUUUGACAAUUACAUCAUCAACACUCAUGAAAGAACACUGGAUUCCAAAUUGGCUAUUGACCUCAAGAAACUUAUGAUAAGUGUUCUGAAGUGUAAAGAGGAAGGUGUUGGAAUGGAUCAGAUCAGAGAGGAGGUUUUUCCAAAGCCCCCGCCUAUUCGCCAUAUUUCUGUGCCAAAAGUUUAUACUGACAGAUUCUACUUUGAAUGUAAAGGACCUCGCAAGUAAAUGAGUUUUUGUGAAAGUUUGAUUGAAAUUGGUGUGCAUCAGAAUUUUGGCGCCAUUGCAGCAGGAGCAAAGUUUUAUGGUGGACACAAUAGUGAAGGCAUCUUAGACUCCGGCAUUGUUUCACCAGUUAUGCCUUGUGUGGUAUCUCUGAUUUCUCUCUUUGGUGCCCGGGGAAAAGGGGGUACUCCCAGAAAAAUUGGGUGGGGGUGUGUUGCCCGCUUCCCU